AUGACGUCAUCGGUAGCCAGUGAGCAAGCUUCCUCCCUUACGACCCCAUCACCAUCUCCGCUCUCCCCCUCUCCUUCACCAUCAUCCCCUUCAAUCCACCCUCACCAUCACCCACACCAUCGUCCCCUCCCUCCAACCCUCACUCUCCCCACGCCCCUCUCCCCCACGCCCCUCUCCCCCACGCUCCUCUCCCCCACGCCACUCUCCCCCACGCCACUCUCCCCCACGCCCCUCUCCCCCACGCCCCUCUCCCCCACGCCCCUCUCCCCCACGCCCCUCUCCCCCACGCCCCUCUCCCCCACGCCCCUCUCCCCCACGCCCCUCUCCCCCACGCCCCUCUCCCCCACGCCCCUCUCCCCCACGCCCCUCUCCCCCACGCCCCUCUCCCCCACGCCCCUCUCCCCCACGCCCCUCUCCCCCACGCCACUCUCCCCCACGCCACUCUCCCCCACGCCACUCUCCCCCACGCCACUCUCCCCCACGCCACUCUCCCCCACGCCACUCUCCCCCACGCCACUCUCCCCCACGCCACUCUCCCCCACGCCACUCUCCCCCACGCCACUCUCCCCCACGCCCCUCUCCCCCACGCCACUCUCCCCCACGCCACUCUCCCCCACGCCACUCUCCCCCACCCACACCGUGGACAGUCACACCGUGGACAGUCACACCGAGGACAGUCACACCGAGGACAGCCACACCGAGGACAGCCACACCGAGGACAGUCACACCGUGGACAGUCACACCGUGGACAGUCACACCGUGGACAGUCACACCGAGGACAGUCACACCGUGGACAGUCACACCGUCGACAGUCACACCGUCGACAGUCACACCGUCGACAGUCACACCGUCGACAGUCACACCGUCGACAGCCACACCGUGGACAGCCACACCGUGGACAGCCACACCGUGGACAGUCACACCGAGGACAGUCACACCGAGGACAGCCACACCGAGGACAGCCACACCGAGGACAGCCACACCGAGGACAGUCACACCGAGGACAGUCACACCGAGGACAGUCACACCGUGGACAGUCACACCGAGGACAGUCACACCGUGGACAGUCACACCGUGGACAGUCACACCGAGGACAGUCACACCGAGGACAGUCACACCGAGGACAGUCACACCGAGGACAGUCACACCGUGGACAGUCACACCGAGGACAGUCACACCGUGGACAGUCACACCGAGGACAGUCACACCGAGGACAGUCACACCGAGGACAGUCACACCGAGGACAGUCACACCGAGGACAGUCACACCGUGGACAGUCACACCGUGGACAGUCACACCGAGGACAGCCACACCGUGGACAGUCACACCGAGGACAGUCACACCGUGGACAGUCACACCGUGGACAGCCACACCGAGGACAGCCACACCGUGGACAGUCACACCGAGGACAGUCACACCGAGGACAGCCACACCGAGGACAGCCACACCGAGGACAGUCACACCGAGGACAGCCACACCGAGGACAGUCACACCGUGGACAGUCACACCGAGGACAGUCACACCGUGGACAGUCACACCGAGGACAGUCACACCGUGGACAGUCACACCGAGGACAGUCACACCGUGGACAGUCACACCGAGGACAGUCACACCGAGGACAGUCACACCGAGGACAGUCACACCGUGGACAGUCACACCGUGGACAGUCACACCGUGGACAGUCACACCGUGGACAGUCACACCGUGGACAGUCACACCGAGGACAGUCACACCGAGGACAGUCACACCGAGGACAGUCACACCGAGGACAGUCACACCGAGGACAGUCACACCGAGGACAGUCACACCGAGGACAGUCACACCGAGGACAGUCACACCGAGGACAGUCACACCGAGGACAGUCACACCGAGGACAGUCACACCGUGGACAGUCACACGGAGGACAGUCACACCGUGGACAGUCACACCGAGGACAGCCACACCGUGGACAGUCACACCGAGGACAGUCACACCGUGGACAGUCACACCGUGGACAGCCACACCGAGGACAGCCACACCGUGGACAGUCACACCGAGGACAGUCACACCGAGGACAGCCACACCGAGGACAGUCACACCGUGGACAGUCACACCGAGGACAGUCACACCGAGGACAGCCACACCGAGGACAGUCACACCGAGGACAGCCACACCGAGGACAGUCACACCGUGGACAGUCACACCGUGGACAGUCACACCGAGGACAGUCACACCGAGGACAGUCACACCGUGGACAGUCACACCGAGGACAGUCACACCGUGGACAGUCACACCGUGGACAGUCACACCGUGGACAGUCACACCGAGGACAGUCACACCGAGGACAGUCACACCGAGGACAGUCACACCGUGGACAGUCACACCGUGGACAGUCACACCGUGGACAGUCACACCGAGGACAGUCACACCGAGGACAGUCACACCGAGGACAGUCACACCGAGGACAGUCACACCGUGGACAGUCACACCGUGGACAGUCACACCGAGGACAGUCACACCGAGGACAGUCACACCGUGGACAGUCACACCGAGGACAGUCACACCGAGGACAGUCACACCGAGGACAGUCACACCGUGGACAGUCACACCGUGGACAGUCACACCGUGGACAGUCACACCGAGGACAGUCACACCGUGGACAGUCACACCGAGGACAGUCACACCGAGGACAGUCACACCGAGGACAGUCACACCUGCCACUAUCAGCGGAGCAAGGCAAGUAAAGUAACACUGUGCAACAAAGAAGGUAAAGUAAUAGAGUGCAACAAAGAAGGUAAAGUAACAGAGUGCAACAAAGAAGGUAAAGUAAUAGAGUGCAACAAAGAAGGUAAAGUAACAGAGUGCAACAAAGAAGGUAAAGUAACAGUGUCAGUUCUGCAGAAAAAAGUUAAUAUGGGAAAACACAACUCAACUGGAGAAAAAGGUUCCGAGCCACAAAGAUUAACAUUCACAGAAAAGUUACCAGUGAUAUAUGCGGACUGUGAAAAGACAACACUGGAUAACGACCAAAACUCAGGAACAGUUAGUUUAGAGAACCACAGCGGUAGUGUGGAGGAAGAGGACUGCAUAGGACUAAAUGACUCUAGAGCCAUGAUAACACUGCAAGAGUCAACCACAAAAGGAACAUUGACAUCAGAUAGAAGUCUUUACCAUGACGAACGAAAGACUCCAGAGCUGAAGCUCAACCCAGCACGGUGCAGAGCUCAAGACGAUGAAGAAGCGGAGGAGCAGGCAGGGAGAAAGGAGUGCGAAUAG